GGGGAGGGGUGCAAGUAAUAGCAACCUGAAGCUAUUUCAAGCGAGGUAAACCCGACCCCACCAGUCCUAGCGGGCCAACCAGGACUUUCGCAGAACAAUCAACAUAAGAAACGUUGGUACAUUUAGCGUUCUUCAGUCUUCGUAAAGAUGGCACGCAAAAGAAACAAAAUGAACCACAGCUCCCUAUGAAUGGCCCACACUGAGGUCAUCCCAGAGAAGCUCCAGCUCCCAGACAAGCUCCUCCCAUAUUUCAUCCUCAGUUGAAAACAUGUCAGCUAUACCGUCCACAUCAACAGCACUGUCCACCUCCUCAGCACUGGCCAUAGACCUUGCAGGCUUAGUUCCGUCCAUGUAUGAGAUGGUCCUGAAGUUGGCAUUAGUGACUGCCCAACUGGCACUUGCCACGGCCCAGAUGUUGUACCAACAGGCAUCUACAACCUGCACAGGACCAGACCAAGACAACAGUCCGCUUCCAGAUCCAAGCCUUCAGAUGGCAUGCUCCAGCCAUGUUCAUCUAUCCAACCCAUAUCCCAGAUCAGCUCCUGUCUCUAGCCUUGUUGAAACUGCCGGGCGACUGUUAGAUGCAGCUCAGGAACCAUCUUCAAAAAGGGCUUACCACAAAGCUUUGUCUGAUUUCUUAGAACUUAAAAAUUAGAACUGAACGUUUUAAAAACACUUUUAUUCCUUUCUCUUUAUUAAACCAUUAGUGGUCUAAGUUUUACUUUUGAAACUCAUUUUGGCCUUUAUUGUAUUUAAUUAUCAUUACUCCAUCCUCUUUUACACUAACUUUCAGAUGCCUGUGCAAAAAUU